UCUUCUAAACCGUCCUCACUUCUUGCCCUAAACCCUUACCGCAUCUUCUUCCAAACGGCGACGUCUUGCCUCAAACCCUUAUUGCGUUUCCUUCAAACCCUCUCAGUUUCAUCCUCUCCAAACCGCGGUCGAACCAUCUUCAAACUCGUGGCCCUUUGAGCUGUUUGGUGAGCACUAUUCUUUUGGAUUAUUCUUGCUUUGAUUCUGGUUGUCUUGCAUCAAGAUUAGGCCAUCUUCUUCUGUCUAAAGUAGCAAGAUGAAGAUGUCAUUGGUUCGACCUCUCUUGACAAGGCGAGGAUUCAGCACAAGCUCUGAGAACCUUGUUGCUUCUGUGCUCUUUGAGAGACUGCCGGUGGUCAUUCCGAAAAUUGACCCUGUAGUUUACGCAUUUCAAGAAUUCUCGUUUCGGUGGCGACAACAAUAUCAACGCAGAUAUCCUGAUGAAUUUCUUGACAAAUCUGAUGCAAGGGGAAAAGGUGAUUAUCAGAUUGACUAUGUGCCAGCUCCACGAUUCACUGAAGCUGACAAAAACAAUGAUAAAAGGUCAUUACAAAGAGCUCUUGAUAGAAGACUCUACCUUCUCGUCUAUGGCAACGCGCAUGGAGCUCCUAGUGGAAAGCCUGUGUGGCAUUUUCCUGAGAAAGUUUAUGAAUCUGAGGACACCAUGCGCAAGUGUGCAGAGUCUGCAUUGGAGUCAAUCAUAGGAGAUCUUUCUAAUACAUAUUUUGUUGGAAACGCUCCAAUGGGCCAUAUGGUUGUGCAGCCUACAGAAGACCAGUCUGGAUCCACAUCUUAUAAGAGGUUCUUCUUUAAGUCUCAAGUAAUUGCUAAAAACAAGUUCAACAUUGCAAAGUGUGAGGAUUUUGUCUGGGUGACGAAGGAUGAAUUGAUGGAGUAUUUUCCUGAGCAAGCUGAAUUUUUUAACAAGAUGAUCAUUAGCUGAUGACAAUGGAGGACAUUUGUUUUGUUGAAACAAUUGCAAAUUAUCACAGAAUGAUAGUGAAUGACCUUGAAAGAACAUCAAACUACAAAUAAUGUUUCAGGCCACAUCUCGAUUUAAAGUUUGGAUAUCUAUCUUUCCAGUUCAACAACAUAUCUUGUUUUUAAAUUUCAGAGUAAAUUGUUUUUAUGUGUA